AUGCGUUUCGCUACUUCUGCUCUUUUAACUGCUGCGGCAGCCACAUCCGCGGCAGCUCAAAGCGUUGUGGGAACGGCAUACGGGUUUGCAACCGGCGUGACGGGCGGUGGUAGUGCAACUGCCGUCACUCCCUCUUCGGCCUCGGAACUGGCCUCGCUUCUUUCUGACGAUACUGCACGCACGAUUAUCAUCGAUAAGGAAUACGACUUCACUGGCGAAACCGCGACUGAUUCUGGUUGUGACCGCAAGAGCUGCAGUGCAGACAAUGGUGGUCAGCUGUAUCUCGGCACUUUGUCUUGUGGAGGCUCAGACAAUGUGGCCGUCAGCUCUAUCACGUAUGACGUUGCUGGAACUGAGCCUCUUUCCGUUGGCAGCAACAAGAGCAUUCUCGGUGUCAACGGCAAGGGAGUUCUCAAAGGAAAGGGGCUGUCUCUGAAGUCUGGGGCCAGCAACGUCAUUAUUCAAGGAAUCGAAAUCACCGACCUCAACCCUGGCAUUGUCUGGGGAGGUGAUGCUCUUGAAUUCAAGGGAAAGAACGACGGAGUUUGGGUGGACCACAACAAAUUCAGCCUGGUUGGCCGCAUGUUCAUCGUCACCCAUUACGACGCCACCCGACUGACCGUCUCCAACAACGAGUUUGAUGGAACAACGACCACAUCAGCUUCCUGUAAUUCAAUGCACUAUUGGACCGCGAUGUUCUAUGGUGACGGAGACCAGGUCACGCUCGACAAAAACUAUUUCCACAAUGUUUCAGGUCGGGCUCCUAAACUUGGUGAGCCGAGCGUGAAGGGAACUUUCCAAGCUGUUAAUAAUUACUUCAGCAACAUGCAAGGCCAUGCAUUUGACGCGUACGAUGGUGCUACAGCUCUCAUUGAAGGCAACGUAUUCGAUAAUGUCAAGACCCCCUUUACCGACCAGGCUGCAACCGUCUCUACACUCUUCAGCGCAGACUCAUCUUCAGCGUCUUCUUGCUCAAGUGCUCUUGGCCGCGCCUGUGUUGCAAACAGCGCUUCCAAUGGAAGUGGAGAUUUGCCUAGUUUGUCUUCUACUAGCUCUCUCAGUUCCUUCAAGUCAACCUACCUCGUUGAUCCUAUUGCCGUUGACCAGGUUGCUAGUCAUGUGCAGAGCAAUGCUGGUCCUUCCAACUUGGGAUCAAGCUCUGGGGGAUCCGACAGUGGAGACGACUCAACACCUGUUUCGUCAUCGGUUGCAGUCUCUUCAUCGGUUCCUACCGCUACUACCCUGUCAUCGGUUGCAGUCUCUUCAUCAGUUCCUACCGCUACUACUGUGUCAUCGGUCCCCUCUGCAACUUCAGCCCCAACAGCAACCGCUUCUCCUGCUCAAACUUCAGCUCCUGUCUCAGGUGGCGACUCUGAUGAUAACUGCAGCGACGAUGGUUCGUCCGGCAGUGAGGACGACACCAGUGGAUCCGACGACACCACAGAAAUUGCCCCUUACGGCCAAUGUGGUGGUCAAGGUUUUACGGGAACCGGUAAAUGUGCCUCGGGCACUUCAUGUGUUAGCCACAACGAGUGGUACUCCCAAUGCUUGAGCUCCAGUGCCCGGCGCAGAAAGAGAGCUCUUGUCAUGAAGCCAAUCUUCUAA